AUGUUGGCAGAUGCGGCUUUCCUUUAUAUUUUAUUAAGGGCUUCGGUCUCCACUUUCUCAGUGCGCCGGGAAGCUUGUCAUGGAUGGUUCAGGCUGUUGUUUUCACUUUAUUUCGUCUUUUUUGCAUCCAACUUUCGUUCUUUAGAAUUCGUCGCCAGUCUUUUGGAUGCACUGCCUGCAAAAUCCUCUUCCGCUUGGAUUGGCCUCCGACGCAACUUGUCGGACGAAUCGCCUCAGUUUCAUUGGGCAGACACCGACAAGGUAGAAUUCCUUCGGCCAGUUUAUCAUGCGCAGAAUGUGCCCGUGAUUCACCUAGCGCACAUUGGGAACGCUUCAACCAGCGAUAUCGAUUUGACGCUCCUACCUCAAUUGUGUACCGCUCUGUAUCGAUCCACCUAUCCUCGCCUCAAUGGUUUGUGGCUUCAAUGGUCCUGCGAAGAGGCCAUUCUGCUUCCCAGUAUUUGCCAAGCAGUUCCCCCAGCAGGCAUGGAUUGGGACAACGUUGUGCGGAAUACUGGAUCUUAUGAAUGUCCGACCGGAUUCUAUCUGGGGACCACUGGUCUAUCUGCGUCCGCUGCCAGUCUGACUGGUCCCGUGUGCUACCGGCUUCUCAGUGCGACGGUGACAUUUGAUUGGAAG